AUGACUGCUCUGAAGAAAAAGGUUCUAAGCUCUUCUUCAUCUUCUUUCGACUAUCUCUACCUCAACCCGCUCAUGGAUAAGGAGAAUAGAGCUCCCAACCAUACAUCAGCUGCAGUUGGUUGCUUUGUCUCCUCCAAGGGAAAGAAGCUUCCUUCCACUACAGACAAAUCACAACAGAGCAAGAUAGCACUGAAGCCCUCUUCCCUGCAGCUCUGUAUUCGGCUCAAUGAACCAGAGUCUUCUCUGGAAACAUCUAAACCGUGGGAUCCCCUGCCAUCUUCUUCAGAUAUCUGGGACUUCUCGGACACAGAUGCUGCUCCAGCUUCAUCAUGGUCUGCUCUUCCUAAUAGAUCUCUGCUCUUGAGACCUCUACCACUGGAUGUGGGGAGGUGUACUUGCAUUAUAUCUAAGGAGUUGAUGGAUGGGAUCUCUUGCUAUGUUCUUUAUACUAAUGAAGGCCACGGACGGCAAGAUAGAAAACUUGUUGUUGCUCGCCAUACAAGAAAAAGAAAUGGUCGGUCUGAGUUCAUCAUAGCUCAGAACUCCAAAGGAAUAUUUUGCAGCUCAGAUGAAAGCUUUUUGGGAACAAUAAGUUCAAAUCUAAUGGGAUCAAAGUACCAAAUAUGGCAGCAGGGAAGGAAACUUGAUUCCAUGAAAUCUCUAUCUUGUUUACUGGGUGUUGUUGUGUUUGUGCCUACCAUCACUACACUUGCAGGUAGUUUCAGAAGCAUGAGAGUGUGUAUACCCAAACAAAAAUCAAUGCAAACAAAGACCACAAACAAAACAACACAGAUUCAACACAUCAAUGGCCUUCCUAAUGACUGGGAAGAGAAGAAGAACAUUGCUGAUCGACUAUACUCAAGGGUGCCAUACUAUAACAAUAUCACAAAGAGAUAUGAACUGGACUUCAGAGAGAAAACUGGAAGAACAAGUUCCCGGAUCCAAACAUCAGCUAAGAACUUCCAGCUGACAAUGGAGAAGAACGAAAGGCAGACAAUUCUGCAAUUAGGGAGGGUUGAAAAAUCUAAGUAUGUGAUAGAUUACAGAUAUCCCUUAACUGGUUAUCAAGCCUUCUGCAUAUGUUUGGCAUCAAUAGAUUCGAAGCUUUGUUGUUCUAUUUAA